GGGGCCGGGUGGGCCGGGGCCGUGAAGGGCCAUGGGCAGCGUGCGCUGGGCUUUCCCCUGCGGGGCCUGGCGCCCCCGCCGCCGUGAGUGGCUGCUGGCCGCGCAGCUGGUGCAGCCCGAGGAGAAGGACCGCAUCGGCCAGUUUGUCUUUGCUCGCGAUGCCAAAGCCGCCUUGGCUGGUCGCCUGCUGAUGCGGAAAUUAAUUGCAGAAAAGAUGUGCAUACCUUGGAAUGAAGUACACUUGCAAAGGACAUCGAAAGGAAAACCUUUCCUGGCCAAUACUGUAGUUAGUAUCAAUUCGAAUUACAACUUCAAUAUCUCUCAUCAAGGAGAUUAUGCAGUCCUUGCGGCUGAGCCUGAGCUUCAAGUGGGCAUUGAUAUAAUGAAGACUAAUUUACCAGGUAGUAGCUCAGUUCCAAAUUUCUUUCACAUCAUGAAGCGACAGUUUACUGAGACAGAGUGGGAUGUAAUCAAGUCUAUGAGUAAUGAAUGGAUGCAGCUGGAUAUGUUUUAUCGGCACUGGGCCUUAAAGGAAAGCUUCAUAAAGGCUAUUGGAGUUGGAAUUGGCUUUAACUUGCAAAGAAUUGAGUUUAAUGUAUCCCCAUUGCAGCUGGAAGUUGGGCAGGUGUAUAAGGAGACAAAAAUGCUUCUGGAUGGAGAAAAAGAAGAGGAGUGGACAUUUGAGGAAACCCGGUUCGAUGACCAUCAUCAUGUUGCAGUGGCACUCGGGAAACAGACGGGAUUUGUGCAAAAGGAUUCUGCUGUACGUUCCAUGGAGCCUAACCCACCACAGUUUACGUUACUGACUUUUGAAGAUUUAGUUGCAUCUGGUAUUCCAGUUGCACCUGAGGAUUCUGCAUAUUGGGACAACUUUUGUUCAAAGCAGGAGAGUCCAGUGCAACAGAGUUCACAUUCAAGAUAAAAAUGCUUAUAAGAAAAAUAAAAUUGUUGAAGAUUUCGUGCUGUUAUUCUGCAUAAUUCCAAGUAUGGGAAUAAGUGCACGUGUGUAGAUGAAGUGUGUUUUUCAUUAUUUAAAUUAACAACCUGAUUUUCAUCUUUUCAAAAUUGAUACUUUAUCAGAAUCUUAAGGAAGAUACAAGUUUCCUUGCUUAUGUUAUAAACAUAAUUGAGCCCUAUAUCCAGACAUGACCAUAACACUGACUUCCUUGCAUUUCCUCACAAUACGAUCUUAAUGGCUACAGAGUUCCUCUGCCGUUUUAGAAAUACUGGUCCAGCACAGCUCCAGCUUCCCACACUAGUUCAAGUUCUUGGCCCAGUCCAGUGCAGGUGAGCUGACCUUUGCUGUCUCCCAUCAUUCUUCUGCAAGAAGUGUACCAGUUACAUCUAGAAGCCUUCAGGCCUUUAUGUUCUCCGGAGCUCCAUUCCUUCAUCUUUGUUUUCUAGAUACUGUCCUUGGCAUGACCGUACUACAUACCUGGGUCCUAGAGGGUAAGAAGCUGCAAAAUCACAAGCUCUGCACUACAUGAGCCUUUUCCAGCAGGGGCUUGGCUAGGUAGUCUUUUUCACUGUGGAACAGGAUUGCCCAACCUUCCUGUUUCUCGAAGUAGAGAUUUAGAUCACAUCUGCUGGCCUAGACUGUGUAUCAACCCAGUGUUUUCUGAGAAGUACUUGUUAAUGGUCUCUGAUCUAAAAAUAGUUUUAAAAGUUUUGGUCUUCAGUGAAAAGAUUGUCCAAAGGGAAUAAAUGUGGUUUAGUUUGGACCCUGAAAUUAGCUCAGUCUGGUUAGAACAUGGUGCUAAUAACACCAUGGUUGUGGGUUCAGUCCCUGUACAGGCCAUUCACUUUGUGAUCCUGGUGAGUCCCUUCCAACUGAGAAUAUUGUGUGCCUCUGUGAUUAUAUUACCGUGCUCAAACCUUUUUGUAUCUUGCAUCAAAAUCGUCAGAGUGGAUUAGGAACUUCAGGGGGCAAAACUGUGUUCAAGACAAUUUGCAGUUAUGUGACAAGAGACUGGUGCCAUUUGAUAUGAAAAUCUGUAACUUUGAAAAGUGGAUCAUGAGAAUUCACUCCUAGCCUUUUACAGAAUCUGUAAACUUACACAAGAUGCAUAUUGUUACUAUCUUAUGGGAUCAAAUGCACUGAUGUGCUAUCUUAGACAAGAAAUCAUAGAUGCUGCAACAGAAGUAGUGUAUAUAUGAUUGUAAUAUACAUAUUUUUGGUAAAAUCCAGGCAACAGCUCAACUUUAAACAACCAUCUUGACCCGAGACACUGCAAUAAAGCAAUGAUUGGCAAAGAAGAUAGAAAGAAAAAGAUAGUUAUACAAGUCAGCAUAGACUGCCUCUUUGUUGGAGCUUUACAAGAUUAUGGUACUGCAUUUUACAAAGAAGAUAAGUGGUUCUUGGUUCAGAAUUGAUAUAACCAAGUCUAAAAGAGCCUGUCCUCCUUAACUGCCUGUCCUCCUUAACUGCUGGCUAAUUCUGCAGGUGUCUAGACAUCCUGAUAUGUGCUUCAUUAUCCUCCAGAAUACAGAUAGUUUGGCUUGCUCCACUCUGUAUAGAAAACAUAAGCAUGAAAAUAAAUUCUAAAUUCUGAAGAGAGAAAACAAUUCAAAAAAGGGUUUGUGUUUUCUUCAGAAAGUCACUUUUUGUAAGAUUAUUUUCUUGUGGUGUACAUGUACAGAGUUUUUUAUGGCCAGAUGCUAAAUAUGAAUCCUGUUUCUUCUAAGAUUGAGUAUAGUUUCUUAACUGAAAUAAAAAGUGGGUUACUUUGUGUUUA